UCAUUGGGUAUUUCAUUGCAAUAGUGGAAGUGGUGUGGUGCUAGUAGAGCGGUGUGAUGUCUGGCCGUGGAAAGCAAGGGGGGAAAGUGCGGGCUAAAGCCAAGUCUCGCUCUUCUCGUGCUGGGCUGCAGUUCCCAGUGGGGCGGGUACAUCGGUUGCUACGUAAGGGGAACUACGCGGAGCGUGUUGGAGCUGGGGCCCCUGUGUACUUGGCUGCGGUGAUGGAGUAUCUCACUGCUGAGAUAUUAGAGCUGGCUGGUAACGCCGCCCGCGACAACAAGAAAACCCGCAUCAUCCCGCGACACUUGCAGCUGGCCGUGCGCAACGACGAGGAGUUGAACAAGUUACUGGGGGGGGUCACCAUCGCGCAGGGUGGCGUCCUGCCCAACAUCCAAGCGGUGCUGCUGCCCAAGAAAACCGAGAGCCACAAAGCGAAGGGCAAGUGAGCGCGGAUACGAGUCCCCCAAAACCAAAGGCUCUUUUAAGAGCCACCCACAAUUUCAGAAAAAGCUGGGAAUCGCUCCAUGUGCUGCGGAAAAGGGAGAUGGGGGUGCUUAAAAAAAACACUUUUCUAUUUUUUAUCCACACCUCACAAAGUUUUAGAAAUUCUGUCUUGGUCUUGCAGAUCCAAAAGCCACACACAAGAGGCUAGGGGGGAAAAUGUGUCUGUUUCUCUAGCCCUGCUCUAGUGCAAACUUUUUCUGAAACCCGUUCUGGUGUUGAACUAAUGAGAUCCCAGAACUAAAUGUGGGUGAGUGGUUGUAGCUGCUGUGAUUCCUGUAGCCCUUCCAGCCUAGAGCUUUCAACCAGACCAACCCACACCCAGGACUGAAAACAUUUCAAACUCCCCAAAGCCAGUGCCUGGUUCUCUUUGGGUUAAACCUUUUUUUUUCUGCUGUGCAGUUUUAUUGUUUUCAUCUGGGAUUCUUGUGCAGUGGUGCUUAUAAACAUCACAGUCUGAAAACAUUGGCCUAAGCAUCUUUCCUAAAAGUGCACAAAAAAUAUAGUCAAGCUAGGAAAGGAACCAGGCACCUGGGACUCAAGCUGUGUGUUUUAAGCCCUGGACCAAGGCUACCUGGUAAAGGGAAGGUGUAAUUCACAACAGCCGUGGGUCUCUGCAUUGCAAGAAAUUUGAAUUAAUUUGUUCCAAGUUUAUCUGGCUAGUUGGCAUGUUACUUGUGUUUUACUGGAUUUUAUGCAUUAUUUUUGUCAGUUGUAAGCAAAGUUAGCUGGGAGGGUUCUUGAUACUGUCAAGAUAACUAAUUACUAGGGAUAAUUAAUUGUCAGACCAGGAACUUUCUCAAGUAGUUGUUUCACUUGUCACUACUUUCAGACUGAUCAAAUCAUCUCUUAACCUUGUCUGUAUUAAACUAAAUAGAUUGAGCUCUCUGGGUCUAUCACUGGGGAGAAAAAUUAUGCUACUAUACAGAGAGUGUCUAGCCACUGUAUGCAGUCUAAAAGAUUUGCAAUAUGUCUACAGGGGAGGAAAUUUACUGUGUGGACUCAGACCAUUCACUCCUCCUAUGGUUAUUUUAGAUGUAGAAAUCUGAUCCUAAACUCUUAUGCUAGAACCUGGAACUCCAGAGUUACGAUAUGGAACCAUCCUAUAGCAAAGACAAUGAAGACCCAAUUGCAGAUCCUGAACUCUGUCUACCCUAAGUCAGUUAAAUGUAAAUGGUGUGUGCAUAUGGUGAGAGAUUUCCAAGAAUGCAGCAGGAAGAAAGGAACACAACACAGAACCCAGAGUCCACCCAAGGAAAUUAAUAUUCAGCAGGUUUAAUACAAAUAAGAGGAAGUAUUGUUUCACACAACACCCAGCUAACUCAGUGCCAUGGCAUGAUGUUCUGCCCAAAAGCAUAACUUGGGGGUCAGAAAAGAACAGAAUACGUUCAGGGAGGACAGGCCUGUUAAGGCAGCGUUUCGGAAAGGCGGCCACAGCCUCCUGGGCUGUGAGUGGGGAUGGGGGCAAAGCAAGAGCCCAUCUCCCAGGGCUGCCAGCAGGGGUUGAGUUCUGCCCCCCUCUGAAGACACAUAUGCUGGAGGUGCUGGCAGCUGUUGAAUUCCCCACUUUACUUGGUUGGAGGGCGGGGGGGAAGACUUCAGCUGGAGGACUUCAGGCUCCAUGUGUGAUGGCAAGCUCCAGCCUCAGGUUCACCAUCCCCACCACAGUCCCUGGACCCUGCUGCCUCCCUGCCCAUCUCCCCACCCAGGGUUUAAUUUGUCCCAGGGCUUGCUGGGGCUGAGUAAACUUUCUGCUGUGGAAAGUGAUACUAGCAAACAUGCAAAUAUCACUUUUGACAGCAGCAGCCUUCCUAGCUAGCAAGUCUUUUUUUAAAAGCAUCCGAAAAAACAAAACAAAAGGCAAAGACCAUGCAGAACACCGUAUUUGUGAUUCUAUUCUGUUUAGGGCCAGUAAAGAAUAGAGACAAUUGUAUGUUAUUUUCAUGACCGAGUCUG